AUGACGUCAAAAAGUCACAUUGUCGAUCAUGUUGUUGAAACAUCACCUGAGGAUGAGGGGGAUGAGGAAGAGGGUAAUGCGCAUGAUGAUGAUGAACCAACUGAUCUGCGAACUGUGCUCUUGGAGGAGCUCAAUUCCACAUGCCUUACUACCAACUAUUUCAACAAGGCCAGGGAAAUAGCUACUGCGUUGCACCAAGCCAGCACUUACCUGGGCCUGCCUCAGACAUUUACCGCCAGUAACGUUGCUAUCCAUCUGAACUACAAUCCCACCCGCACUGGAAUGAAACUUGAUGACAUUGCCGACACUUUCAACAUACCAGACCUCUGCCAUGCUCUUUCGGACUUCUUGCAACGUGAUGCAAGGAACCAAAACCUAAUUCAUGGAGUUGGAGUUCCAAGAAGAUCUCUUAUCGACCGUCCUCCAACUCUUCCCUUUGAUUGUGCUCAAGUAUGGCACACAGUUCGCUUACAACAGGUUUCAUAUCAUGAUUCGAGCACUGCCUUACCGGCGCAAACCUUGCAUGCCUCUCCUUCAUCCUCUGAGUGGUUGAAAGGCCGACGGGAUGCCGUCCUUGUCAAUAUUUAUGGACAGUAUGAAUGGCCCCAGUCUGGAUUAAAGGUCUCAUCCCUCGUUGACAUUGACCGGCUUCUCUGUGAUAGAAUCACCUCUAUUGGCGUCCCUGUUGGUGGAUUGCCGUGCACCUUGGACACCAUCAAACCCCUCCUCAAGUGUGAGUUGGAAUUCUGUGUCAUUCAUGAAGGUGUUGGCAAUGCAGUUGGAUUGCAUUUCGAGCCCUCCAUUUUCAACCAAAUCGUUCCUCGAACCAAUAUUAAGGCAGGGAGCCUCAAACUAAUCAAGUACAAUAGACUUGAUGGACCACCUGCAUACUCUAGCGAGGGAUGGACAUUCAAUCGCAGCAAACGAGUCAAACAGAGUGAAGACUUUGAUUCAGAUACCGACAUACUGCAGGACAAUGAAGGCUCAGACACAGAGAUCAACAGGGACAUAGACUCGGAGGAUGAUGAAGACUCAGGUGCAGAUGAUGGCAGUGGCGCGAAGCUCAAUUAUGAGGGUUCACUCAGAUCGGCGAUCCUCAGAGGAGAUCAACUAGUUGAACUUGAAGAGAGUUGGGAUGGCCUUGAAUUUAAAAAUGGGUCAAAGAAAAGACAACGACGGGUGGUGCACACCACUGAGACAGACCUGCAGUGUCUCUUUUAUACUAUACAGUAUCACUUGUGCAACACGCUGAAGGACAACAUCCCCUACACAUUUGCGAUGGGUGCCUGGUACUGGACUGCAGAGUUCUCUACCACUGCCAUUCCAGAUGAAUUCAAUGCACAGAAGCCUGAUUUAUCCCUGUUCGACUUCGCACUCCUGAAGGAACAGAAAUCAUGGGCAAAUGUCCUGACCUUCGUGGAGCAUACCUCUUCUGAUCUUUCUAAGAAUCGAGACUUACCAAUAUAUUGGGGGGUAGCAAUCAAAACAUAUCUAAUCAUGCGAGAGCAACCAUGGCGUCAAUUCGUACUUGCCUACUCAAUCAGCGUGAAUAUGCUCCAUGCACAUUAUUUCGACUGCUCUGGCAUCAUCAUAUUCCUUCCUUUCUAUAUCCACAAGUGCCCCAGCUCUAUACACCUCUGUGAUGCAUUAGCUGCCCUCACACUUCCAGAUAGGCACCACCUGGGCCUUGAUCCCACUUGUUAA